CCUUGUCUCGCCCCUGCCCUCAGUCCCACACCUGUUCCUGAUUAUCACAGCCAGUAUUUAAGUAAUUUUCUUUCUGUUCAUCAUUCUGGGAUCUUCACACUCGCUCACACGCUACCCAUGCUGCACCUCGAUUAUCUGCUUCAUGCCUUGCCAUGCUGUCCAUUUUGUCCACGAGCAGAGCCCAGAGGGACCUCCUUCAUUGCUGCUGUCCCAGGAAGCCAAACAGCAGGUGACGGUGGACCAGCCGUCCGCCAACGACGAGGUGGAAACCUCCAGCGCCUCGGCCAUGACGUCCACCAUCGACAGCUCCACCGAGGCCGACACGCCUCUGCAGACCGACUCGGAGGAGUUAAAGGCUGUGGAACAGGAAGCAGAACACGGCCCAGAAGAGUUGCAGCAGGAGAACCUUCAGGCAUCAAACGUACCAGAAGCGGACCAGGACAACCCCAACAUAGACGAACCACUCCCCGAGGCAAACGCUGAAUCUUCUCAGUCAUCCAAAACCCCCGCAGCUCAGCCUGGUGAGCCUCUGCAGGUCCCUUUGGACAACCAGAACCGAGUGUACCCCAUCCCAGAAGGCUACCGAGCAAUGGGAGGGGAUUUACGGUACGGGAGCCUCUCCCGUGGCAGCACCGCCCUCCAUGGCUAUUGGCCAACGAAAAACUUCCAACCCGGGGCACACUACACUUUGCCAUUCCUGAGGGACAGCUAUGCUCCCGCAACGGCCGACGACGGGAACCAGUCAGAAAAUCCUUUAGACGUGAGGAAUGACCACCCAGCGGGAAUUUACGCUACCUUGGGCGGGGUUCACCCCUUCCGACCCAUCACCACCAUGGAGCUCCUCAGAGAGCCUUCCAGAACCAGAGGUGGCUAUGACGAUGCCUUCAUGGCCCAGCUGGAGGGGAACCUGAACCCUUUCUUCCAGGCCAUGUGCCGAGCUCAGACCCUGCAUUUCCCCCACAAACGCAGCAGCAUGGUCAGCCUGGACAGCAUCCGCAGGGACCCUCGCUGGAGGGACCCCAAUCUUCACGAGGUCAUCGCCAUGCUCAGCCACCCGAUGGACCCGGUCAAGUCCAACGCCGCUGCCUACCUGCAGCACCUGUGCUAUGAGAACGAGCGCAUCAAGCAAGAGGUGCGCCAGCUGAACGGCGUACCGUCCUUGGUGGAUUUGCUUGACCACCCUAAAGCCGAAGUCCACCGAAAGGCCUGCGGGGCCUUGAGGAAUAUAUCCUACGGGAAGGACCACAACAACAAAAUGGCCAUCAAGAACUGUGACGGCAUCCAAGCUUUGGUCAGACUACUGAGGAAGUCCAGCAGCAUGGAGGUUAAGGAGUUAGUCACAGGCACUCUGUGGAACCUCUCCUCCCACGAGCCUCUGAAGAUGAUGGUCAUCAACCAGGGCCUUCAAACGCUCAACGACGAAAUCAUCAUCCCUCACUCGGGCUGGAGGAGAGACCCCGGCGACCCGUCUAAGCGCCACAGCGCCGAGUGGACCACCGUCUUUAAGAACACGUCGGGAUGUCUGAGAAACGUCAGCUCGGACGGAGCCGAGGCUCGACAGCAGCUGAGGGAGUGUGAAGGACUGGUGGAUGCUCUCCUUCACGCGCUUCACUCGGCGGUGGUCAACAAGGACACGGACAACAAGUCGGUGGAGAACUGCGUGUGCAUCCUGAGGAACCUUUCCUACCACGUCCACAAGGAGGUGGCGGGAGUGGAGCGCCUCCAGGAGCCUCACGUCACUCAGCUGAUGAGGUCAGUGGGGCCUCACAAGAAGAAGAGCGAGCCCGACUGCUUCGGAGGCAAAAGACCCAAAGAGGAGUGGUUCGGUCAUGGCCUGAAGCUGCUUUACCAGCCUGAGGUGGUAAGGCUUUACCUCUUACUGCUCAGCUGCAGCCACAACGCCAACACCUUGGAGGCCGCCGCCGGCGCUCUGCAGAACCUCGCCGCGGGACACUGGAGCUGGUCCAGCUACAUUCGUGCCACGGUGAGGAAGGAGAAGGGUCUUCCCAUCUUGGUGGAGCUUCUGCGCUCGGACGUGGACAAGGUGGUGAGAGCGGUGGCCAUCGCUCUCCGUAACCUGGCCAUGGACAGACGCAACAAAGACCUGAUAGGAAGCUACGCUCUGAGGGACCUGGUGGCCAACCUGCCGUGUGGCCAGCAGCGUCCCGCCAAGAACUUGGAGGGCGACACGGUGGUCUCGCUCCUCAACACCAUCCACGAGAUCGUCAGCGACAGCCAGGAGAACGCCAGAGCGCUCAUCCACGGACACGCCAUCCAGAAACUGGUGGCCAUCAGCAAGUCAAGCCAAUCCUCACGUGAGACCAGAGCCGCUUGCCAAGUCCUCCAGAGCAUCUGGACCUACAAGGACCUGAGGACCAGUCUCAUAAAGGCGGGUUGGAACAAAAGCCACUUUAAGCCAACAACCACCACGGUGACCAAAAAAUCCAAGAGUGCAAAGCAAAGCAGCGAUGACAUCACUUUGCCUCUCAUGGACAAAAGCCAAGAUGUUUAUUCCAGUUUGGAGGCCAGCGACAGAGUCGGGGAUGGAAUUGGAGCUGUUGUUGAGAGAGAUGCCGUCCAGGCCACCAGCGAGAAGAAGCACUUCAUCCGAGCCGGCCGGCCCGCCGUGGGCCUCAUGGACAACAAACCUCCCCCACUGGACUCGUGGGUGUAAACACUGUCGACCGUUUCUACUGUGCUGUACUGGAGACGCCCUCUAGUGGACAUUUAUGCAAAUUGAUGCGACACUUCGAAACGACCACUAUUUCAUUUUGACGAUAAAGUAGGGUAUGUGCCAAAUAUUGACUUGUAUCUCUGAGACAUAUUAGACCUGACGUGCAGUGUGAAGUAGACCGAAAUAUGCAAGCUGUGGUAUAUUAGGACUCCAAAGAAAAUGUAGGUUUACCACAAAUAAUCAUGAACUUAAGCUGCUAUUUUUUUAUAUAUAAAUAUCAAUUAUUAGAUACUUAAUUAACUUUAAUAAUGAUACUAAGGAUAAUAAUAGGGUGAUAUAUGUAUUGAGCAUAAUGGAAUAAUUCUGUCCCGCCCCCCCCCAACGGUUUUGAUUCAGAGCAAGACGAGAUGUGUAAAUGUGUAACAAAGGACUGUUAAUAGGCUAAAUCAAUGCAUUUAUAUUGUAAUAUUUAUGAUACAUUAUAGAGUAUAAAACAGCCAUGUUAUGAAUCCAAGUACGUCGGUCAUUCUGUACACUUGAGGUUUGUAGUCGCUCGCUCCCUUUUGCAUUGCAGUGUCGAAUUAAAGAUGGAAAUAAACCCAUGUGCAGAA